UCAUUCUGGUGGAGGAAAGUGAGCAGGGAGGGUCGGUAAACGUGGCAUCUCAAGGGACCCCCCGCCCCCCCAACCCCCUGUUAUUUACCAACAACAGGCGUCUGUUAUCCAACACUGUACCGUCCUCGCAUACGGACUCUCUCUGAGAAAAAAAAAGAAACAACAAAAUUUUCCCCUCCUCUACCUCGAGAAAAUAAAUGUCAAGAGAAACAACACAAGCGCCAUCAGAUAAGGAUCGAAGCCCAGAAGCGGAGAGAAAGACGAAGAGUCGGACAAACACGUAAAGAAAAAAAAGAAGAAGAAACGCGCACGGAUCGUCGCCGUUGCCUUUCUCAAUGCAUACCCUUUGUGCCCGGGGAACGAUGAAGCCGGAGAUCACCGCCGCCGUCGGAUUUCUGUCGAGAUUUCUGAGGGUAAAAGGACACGUAAACGAUCGACAGGUCCAAACAUUCAGCCAAAGCUUACAGGACAUUUUGUCAGAGCACUAUAAGCACCACUGGUUCCCAGACAGACCCUGCAAGGGUUCAGGUUACCGCUGCAUUCGCAUCAACCACAAGAUGGACCCACUGGUGGGGCAGGCGGGCCAGCGCAUUGGCCUGACCAUCCAGCAACUCUACAUGCUGCUGCCCAGUGAGCUCACGCUCUGGGUGGACCCCUUCGAGGUGUCCUACCGUAUUGGCGAGGAUGGCUCCAUCUGCGUCCUGUAUGAGUCGCAGCCCGGCCCCAUGAUAAUGCCGGUUACAGCCACCACCAGCUCCCCCUCAGGAAACAGUGGGUCGGUGAGCCCCAUGGUGGACAGUCACAUCAGCUGCAAGGAGGAACUGAUGGUGCUGGGCAGAACCAGUCCCUCCAAAGCCUACAAUAUGAUGACUGUGUCCAGUUAAAGAGGCAUACUGUCACCCCGGCCUACUUUUUGUUCAGGGUCACGCCGUGGCUGGUCAGAUCAUUUGACCAGGUCAGGGUGAGCCUUUUAAAGCUAAGAAUAUGAAAUGAAAUAGUGAAAGAAGAAAAAAGAAAAAGAAAAAAAAAACAGAGGAUGUGGCCUAUCGUCCAGGUGAUGGAAACCUUGUAGGUUUGAUAUUUUUUACCCUCUCUCCCCAUUAUCAUCUUUUCUGUUGUGUCAUUGGAUCAGCUGGGCACUCCGUUUUUUUUUUUUUUCGGGGAGGCUUUGUGGAAAUGGAACUGUUGGGGCAGCUAUACCAACUAACCAACCAACCAACCAACCAACCAACAACCAACCAGGAACCCCCAUGGAGACCGACUCCAUCCCCCACCACCCCCACCCCCGACUGUAAACAACAUGGUGAUCAGCUCCAUCUCUGAAGGGGCUAUCAACAUUGACUUUGCACUUUUCUUACUUGUGGUUACUAUGGGUACAUGUUCAACACACCACCGCAAAACACCAAAACCUAAAUUGUAAGGAAUUUUUUACCAGGAGCUACCCCCCUCGAAUUUCAAAAUCCAGAGGGUUUUAAAUUUGCCGUUCUUUAAUUUGUUUUAUUUCCUGGGUGAGGAAGAAGUUGAGGUUUAGACUAUGCCUUUUUGAUAUCUUAGCACAGGUUAAAGAAACACCCAACAAGAGCAUCUCUAUUUUCUAUAAAACACCCUUUUUGGACCACAGGGAAUUAGUUUUCUCUAACCUGUAGCUGUUAGAGCAAAGGCUUUCAGUCUAACCUCUCUUCCUCCACCUUCCACCAUCAGACCUGAGCUUCAGAAAACCUACAUCUCAAACCUACUCUUGGCCUGAAUGCAAGUGGAAUGUGUUGUGACACAUAUUACCUAUGGAUAUCAGUGUGUCCCAUUGCACUGUCGCCCUCCCAUCACCCAUGUAUGUGUAGCUUUCCAGGGGUAGGGCAGGGGAUUAGUCUCCUCCUCCUCCCUCCCUUAAUGAAUGUUGUUGAAAUUCACAAUCAAGUUCCUGUGUUGUUAAGUUGCCCCCUUUUCCCCUCACCAUUUUGUCGUCUCCUACAUCACCAAAAUUCAAAGUGUAGCAAAGGGGGGGCCUAUUUUACCCAAAUUCUGGUCUUGUGGCCCUGUUAGAAUUGACAUUGAAUGCACUUUGACGUGAGAUUGUGUGGGAUGUGUACUUUUUAGAGAAAAUCGCCUGCAUUCCAUCCAUUCGAAUGUCAUCUUUUCACACCGUUUUUAUUGCCCUCCCCAUUUUUAGCCAUUUGUUCAUACUGUAGCUCCCAUGUUGGGAUAGACUAAUGUCUAUUGAAUCGGGAGUGUGCAACUCUGGAUUUCAAAACCAUUUUUUACACUGUAUUUGUGAACAUUUCAGAGCUGUUGAUUUUUUCUUUAGGUGGAGAGUAUUUUUUGGUGGUAUGUUAGAAACAUUCUGUCAUCCGUUCAUAUGGCACUGUUCAUCAGCGCUCUGGCAGUAUGCAGAGCUAAGCUGUUUCCCCCCCCAGACACACACAGAUGGUGAUUUGUGUUACUGAUAGAAAAAAAAAGGUUAGUUUGAAAGGUCUGGACUAAGUGAUGACUGUGUGAGACUUUGGCCAAAGGGAGGUCUGGAGCACCGACUGUUCAGAGAUUAAUUUUAACUUGAAUUAUAAACAACACCGGGCCUUGUCAACCUUCUAUUUUGAUUUAUAUUAUUUCCAAGGUCUUUUUAAGGGAAAGACUUUUGUGUGGUGCAUUGCCUUACAGAGACCUCAUUGUCAUGAAUUAUGAGCCAUUUGUGAUUUUUAGACUAAUAUCAGGCUUAUGUGAGCCAGCCUGGUGCGCAAUGUGCUGCCCAGACCCUCACUGGAGGUGUCCCAUUCCAGCCUGGCAGCUGCAACAUCCUCCACCCCCUCCCCACCCCUUUAGUGUGGGGGUUAGAGUGCCUCAAGUGCCACAUAUCACCCCUCAGCUCAGACCUCCUGUUAAGCCAAAAGCCAAGCCAGCAUGCUGCUAGCUGACCCCCUGUGGAUGCAGGUAGACGUAAUGUGACACAUAUCAUCAUCCAUCACCGCGGGGAGUUGGGUAAGGAAGGUGGGGACGGGGAGCUGGUGUGUGAGAGAGGUGGGGCCAGGGCCGGACUCAUUUGUCCAGGGCAGCUAAAAUCCCUCCAGCCCCUCCUCUGGACUUAUUCAACAUCCCCCUCCCUGACCGGAAGCCCUCAACCCUCCCUUAGCAGUGAUGGAUAAAAACCAGCACACGCGCAUGGGGUGCUCAAGCUGCACUAGGGGGGCUAGUGAGAAACAAGGAAACAUGGAUAAAAGAUGAAGAAUUGAGGGUACUAGGCCAUUGUUUUUUUGUUUUCAUCUCACUGGAUUGCGCUGCACUUGAUUACUGAGUUUGAGUAGCAACUUUGUUUACACGCAUAUGAAAGGAUGUGAUGGCUGUCUGACGUACCCCAAUUUCUCUCCUGGUUCUGGGGCUGAGUGGUAACCGCAAGCUGGAACAGAUGCUGGGGUCGGCUACAGGCGCCGCUCGGGCCUUAGCCACUGGCCAAAUCUGUCACGGCAGGCUGGUUCACCAGUCAUCGCCAGACCUAUGGGUGUUUAAGCUCCCCUAAGCCUGAGAGGAUCAUGGGUAAUAGAGCUAUAGCCUUUGACGCACUGCAACCCCCUAAACCCCUCCUCCCCUGCUCUCUGCUGAUACUCCCUUCAGCAAUCUGUGAAAAGCAGUGAUUCUAUGUUGGCCAGAUGGAGAGGAGCUCGCUGGGAUGGGAGCACAGAGCUUUGGUUUCCAUGACGGAAACCAGUUUUAAAUCACACUGCUCCAUUAUAGCUUUUUUUAUGUCAUGUGACGAGAUGUCAUGAGAUUGGUCUAUAUUUCGGAUGUGAGAUGAUCGUCCUGUCUCACUUUUUCUCUAGAUGUAUUUUAUGGUCACACUGGUAGAUUUUCUCAUCUUUCCACUCUGCCAUCCCCAUUUUGCUCCUUUUCAUCCGCUUUUUAAGAGGAUUUUUAGUCUGGUGAUCUAACCCACUUAUAACAGACCUUGUUUUUAGACCUACAAAAUAAAAAAUUAAAAAAAUCCAAAAUUCCCUUCAACACCUGAAUUGUACUACCACCACUGAAAAUGGUCUAAGUCCUCAGUAAUAUUGGGUUAUUUAAAUGGCAUCCAUUCAGCUUGUGCGCACAUAGGUUACAGAAUUGUUGUAAGAGUGCUUUGAGUAGUCAGAGAUAAAAUAGCACAUAAAAUGCACUAAAUAUGUCAAGUUGAAGUUGUGUGACAUUUUCUUUGAGACGCGAGGAGUCUCUCCUGGAAUGUAUUGCCAAACUCAGGCCUCAGACAUUCAAUAAAUACCCUUAUGGAAAAGUUGUGCAUGUUGAGACAUGAAACGGGAAGGGAACAGCAGUUUUGUUGUUGUUGUGUCAAUAUUGUCAUCAAUUAGUUGAAUUAUUGCCACUUUCACAUUUGAGGUGUUUUUACAUAUUGUAGAAUGUAUUGUAACUGUACAACAAAUGGUAGAGUACAUAACAUUACACAUGGGAAGUGCCAAUAAUUGCUAUCCUGAGGUGUUUUUAGAUGUAUUCCUUUUUUGUAUUUCAUCUUUUAACAUGGAUAACGCUUUUCGUAAGUGAAGCCAUUUGUGAUGGGAGUGUUGGCAAGGACCAAAGUUGUUUUGGUAAAAAAAUAUUAGUUUCCAUGAUCUGUAAGUGUAGACGUAUCCUUUGUUUUUAUUUUCUUUUUCUUUUUUUUCUUUUUUUUUCCUUUUUUUUUUUCUAUUUACUUACAAAACCAGAAAAUAGACAAAAAAAUCUGAGCUUACCCAAGAUGAAAAGCUGUCUAUCUUGUGAUCUCAUGUCAGUACAUCUUUAUCGUGUUGAGUUUCUUUUCCUUGGGUAUGUUGUGAUGAACUGCUGUAAAUUUGUACAGUUCAUGUAAAUUGAUUGUGCGGAAGUUGUACAGAUUUCUAUAUUUUGGAAGAAAAGUUUUUUUUUCUCUGUAAUAAAAGAUUUCCUAUCUUGGCAUCAUA